AUGGAGUUGAACACCUCCAUUCGAAAAGUUCGAGUUGUGUGGGUGGGAGAACAAAAAGGAUGCUCACAACGAUGUUUUCUCGGAAUCAACCGGAACUAUGCUCUCCAGAAAUUGUAUGACCUCAAUUGUCCAUUGAGUGUCUAUGAGACUUGUCAAACUAAACAGUUGAUUGAGUGUGCAAAGCUGUAUGAAUGUCAAAGCCUGAUCGACCUUUUGGAUGAAAAGUUCGAGGAUCUUCAAAGAAAGGAGCUGAAGAGGAGAAAGUGA